AACGACACUUGACAAGUAGCUAGCAAUUAUUAUUACCAGAUUGUCUAAUGGCCAAGCCUAUAUUUUUGUCUAGUGUAGUUUAGAAUACGUUUUAGCUUUUUGAGUCACCUUAAAUAUUGUAAAAAAAACAAUGGUUGUCAAAGUGUAUAUUAGUGGUAUUUCGGGAAACAAGGAAGUAAAAAAGAGACAGCAACGAGUUUUAAUGAUACUCGAUUCGAAGAACAUAAAAUAUGAAAUAAUCGACAUAACAGAGCCCGGGCGCGAGUCUGAUAAGGAUUUUAUGCAAAACAAUGCCAAAUCAAACGGCGGUACUGUCAGCGACCCCAACCCUCGUUCACCGCUUCCUCCUCAAGUUUUCAACGAUGAAGAAUAUUGUGGAGACUAUGACCAGUUUGAUCUUGCCAAUGAAGUGGACACCUUAGAACAGUUUUUAAAAGUAGAAGUACCAUCAGAGGAGCCUCAGGCAACUGUUGCAAAUGGGGAUAUUACAACGGAAGAGCCCAAGGAUGAAGUGACACAACAUGAUACCAAUGGUGCAGAAGGAGGUCAACAGAAUGAUGAAGCCAAUGAGUCUUCACAAGACAAGGAAGACUCACACCUAGGAGAUGCAACACCCUCAGAAGGCACAGAAUUAGCAAAAGAGUCUUCUGUAGAAAAAGAGUCAGCAGAUAGAUUAAAACCUGAUGAGGAAGAAGAAAUACAGACUGAAGCAUCUGCACCGUUAGAAGAGACAAAUUUAGAAUCUAAAAAAUCCUCUAAAGAGAACACACCCUUAAAAGAUGAGAUAGUAAAUGAGAAUGGUGCAGUUAGCUCUCGGGAGCAAUCCAAGGAGAAAGAGAUUGCUGAAAUAGAGAGUGUCAAGGAAAAUCCCUCAGAAGCUCUCAUUGAAAGUGAACAGGCGGCUGCCGCUGAAUGAAUACAGCUUGUUCCACGCUUAUCAGCUCAAAUCAUAUUAGCACUAAGCAAGCACUUCUCAUCUAAAUCAUUAUUUAUAAUCAUUGUUCACAUUAAUUGCAAAAUUAUAUUGAAUCAUUGUAUAUAACAAAAGUAUUGUUGAGAUAUUGUGUUAUGUAGCUUUGUAUAAAGUUACUAAUUUAAUGGAGUGGCCUACGAUCAUUUAUCAUUAGACUGUAAUAAGUUUUACUUUACUGUUGGAUAUAUUGUAACAAUUGUGUUUGUAAUUUUAACGUUUCAAACUAUUCAUUAUUAACUCUUCUAGAUGUGCCUCCAUUUACAAGGAUUUACUUUGAAUUUUAGAAGCAUGUUAAAGUUAAAAAUGUUUUGCCUUAGCUAUUCUAAACCUUUGGUAUAAGAAGAUAGUUUUAGAAAAAUGAG